GGGAGGAAACGGGACCCAUGGAAGUAGUCUUCUCCUUCGGCUAUGGGUGAUGGUUCGAUCGCAAUUUUCGAACGUAGUGACUCUCUGAGUUGUUCGAUUGGUCCAUCAACUUGGCUUCCCCAAUAAUACUAGACAAAAAUAUCCCCACAGAAAUUAACCCCAAAAAAAAAAAAUUGCCGUCGUCUCUUCCGCGAGCCUCUUCUCCUUCCUCUAUCGUAGAUUUCAAGAAACGGGGACGCCACCUAACUCGUGUGUUUUCUUGAAUCGUUCCUGUCUAUGGUCUUUGCUAGAUCGGUUCUGCUCCUGCUAUAGAAGAUAGAGCAGGGUUCCCUCUUUGUUGAGGGAUUCUGGAUUUCGAAGUUUUGGAAUUUGAGAGGUUAAGAUCUGGCAAUGGCUAGAAGUAGCAGAUCAUUGAGUCACAAGUUGAGGUACUGCCACCCCUUGUAUUACCUCAAGAGACCAAAGCGUCUAGCUCUGCUCUUCAUUGGCUUUGUCUGUGCCACUUUGUUUGUCUGGGAUCGUCAAACUUUAGUCAGAGAACACGAGGUUGAAGUUCGGGAGUUGCGGACAGAAGUGGCUCAUUUGCAGAAUCUGAUGGAAGAGUUAAGAAAUGCCCAUGGUGGUACGGUCAAGAACAUUGACACUAGGGGAAAUAAAGUCACACAAGAUGAUCCCAUUGACAUUCAGAGAAGGGAAAGAGUAAAGGAAGCUAUGCUUCAUGCUUGGAGAUCAUAUGAGACAUAUGCAUGGGGCCAAGAUGAACUUCAGCCCCAAUCAAAGAAUGGUGUUGAUAGCUUUGGUGGUCUUGGAGCAACCUUAGUUGAUUCUCUUGACACAUUAUACAUUAUGGGUCUCACUGAGCAGUUUCAGAAAGCAAGAGAAUGGGUUGCAAACUCGCUGGAUUUUAACAAGGAUUAUGAAGCAAGCGUUUUUGAGACAACUAUAAGAGUUGUUGGUGGACUCCUCAGUGCAUAUGAUCUCUCAGGAGACAAAGUUUUCCUUGACAAGGCUAAAGACAUUGCAGACAGAUUGCUGCCUGCAUGGAAUACACCUACCGGAAUUCCUUAUAACAUAAUCAAUUUGGCACGUGGAAAUCCCCACAAUCCUAGUUGGACUGGGGGUGAGAGUAUUUUGGCGGAUUCUGGCACUGAACAACUAGAAUUUAUUGUUCUUUCCCAAAGGACUGGUGACCCAAAGUAUCAGCAGAAGGCGGAGAAUGUUAUAACACAGAUUAAUAAAACAUUUCCUGAUGAUGGAUUGCUUCCUAUCUACAUCGAUCCUCAUAGUGGAAGAACAGCCUACUCACCCGUCACUUUUGGUGCCAUGGGUGACAGCUUUUAUGAAUACUUGCUCAAAGUUUGGAUACAGGGGAAUAAAACUUCAGCUGUAAAACUCUACAGAGAUAUGUGGGAGAAAUCAAUGAAAGGUCUUGUAAGUUUGGUUAGGAGAUCAACACCAUCUUCUUUUUCAUAUAUAUGUGAGAAGAAUGGGGGAUCUCUGACAGACAAGAUGGAUGAACUAGCAUGCUUUGCUCCAGGAAUGGUUGCUUUAGGAUCAUCUGGUUAUGGUCCUGAUGAUUCUAAGAAGUUUCUGUCACUUGCGGAAGAGCUUGCUUGGACAUGUUAUAACUUCUAUCAAUCAACUCCCACCAAAUUGGCUGGAGAGAACUAUUUUUUCCAUAAUGGGCAGGACAUGAGUGUGGGCACAUCAUGGAACAUUCUGAGACCAGAGACGGUUGAGUCGCUCUUCUAUCUGUGGCGCUUAACGGGCAAUAAGACCUACCAAGAGUGGGGUUGGAACAUAUUUCAAGCUUUUGAAAAGAACUCACGCGUAGAAACAGGAUAUGUUGGACUGAAGGAUGUUAAUACUGGCGUCAAGGACAAUAAGAUGCAAACCUUCUUUCUUGCUGAGACUUUGAAAUAUCUCUAUCUUCUUUUUUCACCAUCAUCAGUUAUCUCAUUGGACGAAUGGGUAUUCAACACGGAAGCACACCCUCUGAGGAUUACACCUCGGCUCGAGGGAGGUAAAUUAGGGAACUUGAAAGAGAAACCAAAACCAGUAUUUAGAAUAGGUGGCAGGAAGGAAGGACGGUCGGGUUAGAGAUAUUCUACAUUACCAUAGCUGGUUGGGGUUGAACCGCCAUCUUUAUCAAGGUUCAAGGGUAAGAGAGCAAAUUUGUUCCAUUAUAGAGAUUGUAAUACGUCAGCAUUCCCCUUGGUGGAUUAGUGGACAUAGCAGGAACUUUCUAUUUCUGGGAAGCCAUUGUAUUUUGAUUCUGAAUCAGGGGAUCAUUCUGCUGCAGAUUGGUAUGUGACACAGGAAACAGGUCUGCUUGGUAGUUCUUACAAAAUAGGUUUAUUCAGAACGACGCGAUCUUUGUUGAUGACUGGCCCUGGGGUUGUCCCCUUUUGUUUUCAAUAAUUAUUAUUUUUUUAUGGAAAAAAAUUUUAAGUGUUAGUGAUACAAUAUAUGAAAUUGAGGCAUAUAUCCUGCGCAUUCAAUAGAAGACAGUUUCUGCAUUCUUUCC